AUGAUAUCUUCUUUUAUUUUUAUCAAUUCUUUAAUUCUAACUUUUACACAUGGCAUAUUUAAAGACAUAUGACAUAUCUUUAGUUUGCGAUCAUAAACCAGACACGUAAAUUCCAUGUUAGGUCAAAACUAGACAAACAAAUUGAAACGGGAAAGUAACAACAUUAGCUCCCACUUUCUAUUAAGGAAGCCUAUUUUAAUUUCUCUACUCCUCAGUCCUCACAAAGACAGACACCAAAAAUGUAUAUUCUAUGAUCAACCAAACAAUUCACAAGAUCCUCCCCACUUGAAUUUUCUAACCACUGCCUAUCUCCAUUCUUCCUCACAUAAAAUCAAAGUCAUCAUCAGCUAGAGGUCAGGGGAAUGAAGAAUGAUGCCCUUUUAUCAAACAUCAUGUUCAAGCAAUGGCUCGAAAGCAGAACAAGGAAGUCAAAGUUUUAGUCUUGGAGCUCACCAUCAAUGCAUAGCUACUCUUAAGGGACAGAAUUCCUAUACAUCUUCCCUUGUACUUGCUGGGAAAUUCCUCUUUACUGGCUCUUCUGACAAAGAAAUUUGUAUGUGGGAGCAAAAGGCUUUAACUUCCACAAUAGAUGCAAGUAUAAUUGACACAGUUAUAGCAGGGAAAGGUGCAGUGAAGUCUCUAGUAAUUUUGGCUGAUAAGGUCUUUAGUGCUCAUCAAGACCACAAAAUCAGAGUCUGGAGAAUCGAAAACCACCAUUCAGAUACCCCGAAUAUUGUUCACUUGGCUACUCUCCCAAUACUUAGUGACAGAGCCUUUAAAUUUAUGAUGCCGAAAAACCAUGUUCAGAUCAGGCGCCACAAGGAGUCCACAUGGGUGCAUCAUGUUGAUACAGUCUCAGCACUAGCCCUUUCCAACGACGAGUCGUUCCUCUACUCCGUUUCAUGGGAUCGAACACUUAAAAUUUGGCGCACCACUGAUUUUAAGUGCCUGGAAUCGAUAGCAAAUGCACAUGAUGACGCGAUCAACGCUCUAGAAAUAUCAGUAGACGGGGAUGUUUUUACAGGAUCAGCUGACAAGAAAAUCAAGAUUUGGAGAAAGGGAUUUGAAGAGAAGAAACAUUCACUAGGCUGUACACUAGAGAAACAUAAAUCUGGUGUAAAUGCACUAGCAGUUGGAGGGAGUAGCACUCAUCCUGUUUUAUAUUCGGGUGCUUGCGAUAGGUCAAUAUUAGUAUGGGAGAAGGAUGAAGGUGGUGACAUGUUGCUGGUGGGUGCACUCAGGGGCCAUAAAAAGUCGAUAUUAUGUCUGGCUGUCGUAUCAGAUUUAGUGUGCAGUGGUUCAGAAGAUAAAACAGUGAGAGUGUGGAGAGGGGUUGAGAGAUGCUACUCUUGUCUUAGUGUUAUUCAAGGACACACUGGACCAGUGAAGUGCUUGACUGUGACCAGUGAUCAACAAAUUCCAUCUGAUUCAACUUAUUCAUAUGUCCUAUACAGUGCUAGUUUAGAUGGUGAAACCAAGGUUUGGAAGGUUUUUGUUCCAUUUCUCUAAGCUGUUGAUAACACUCAAUGAGGUGCAUCAGCUAGCAUGACACGUUGUAUUUGUUGGCUGAUUGAUUUCUCUAAUGAACAUGCACAUGCUCCAGAUUUGCCAAUUAACAUAUCUGUAUAUUAGAUUUUGCACUUUAGAUUGUUGGGCAAGUGGCCAAAAGAAGAAAAUAUCUACGAAAUUUUAACUUAUUUUCUUCUUUAGUUGGAUUGUAUUGCAGGUUUAUUCUAAUGAAAAAGGCUACCACUAUGAAAUGAUUAUGCUUCUUAAA